CUUCGCUGGAAACAAAAAAAUCUCAUCAUUUUCUCCCAGAAAGCUGAAGCCAAAACCAGAUCUUUGUCAUGGAAGAUCGUCCUUGCUUAACGGGAAUUUCGCUUGUUCAGACAUUUCUGGAUCGAUUACGUCGGGAUUGGUCUUGCUGUGUUGUCACGUACUGUCUUUCCUUGGCGGCGGUAGCACUGUAAAUCAGCAGGUUAGUGAGUUGUUUGCUGUUUUAUCUUUCUUGAAAUUUUAAUUUCCGUCAUGCGUUUGAUGUUUUUUCUCAAUCAAGUGUGUACAGUGGAAGCCAAUCCUUAAAAAAUUAAAUAUUUUUUGGGUAAUUUAUAGUAUUGAUCUAAUUUUAGAAUCUACCAUAAAUUCCUUUUAAUGUGUAUAUAUCGGCAAGAACAUAUAUACCGAUGUAUUGUAGCUCAAGAGGAGCUUUCUGCAUUGCCUUCAAUCUUAUAACAUCUGUCCAGUAUCAACUGGUGGAACAUAGGAUGCCAAUUAUGACGCCAGAGGAAAGAUGUGAGUGCUUUUAAUGACCGUUUCCUCUGUUGCAAUCCUAGAACAUCAUCUCAUUCUCAUAGGAAUAAAUGCUUGCUGAAACUUCAAAUCUACAGCUCUCAGCAAAAAUAAAAUACAAUAUCAAUUGUGUAUGAAAUUGAAGGUUCCGUACAAGCAAUAUCUUAUCUUUUUAUCCUUUCACUAUCAGUCUUCAUUUUGCAAAGGUAAGACAGAAUAUAAAUGUAUUUUUUAAUAUAGAUUAUAUUUUUUUAUGUAAUUUAAAUAUUAAAAUUAUUAAAACACUUAAAAUUAUCAAGACACUUGUAAUAAAACUCUCAUUUAUAUUUAUUUAUUAAUAAUAUUUUAAUAAUUUCAAUACCUAAACUACCAAUAUAUAUAUAUUAUCCAAAUUAAAAAACACUUAUCUCAUAACUGAACAGGCUGGUAGGGUCAGGGUGUCUGUUGUUGUAUCUGCUUUGGUAGUUGGAAUUGUUCUAUGUAAUUGGUAGGUGGAAUCGGACAGGAACUGGUUUUG